GGCGCUGUGGCCUAGGGGCGGGGGAAGCGGAGCAUACCUUGUGUUCUGUCCCCGUAACCUCCCGCGAUUCCUCGGGCGGCGGCCUGGCUGUGGAGGCAUCGUUGGGCCUGCUCGUCCGGGGCCGCCUGCAGCCCCGCGGGUGCCCGGGAGAGCGCGAGGAGUGCCUGCUCGGUGCCGGGUCACUGCCCGUGCCCAAGCCAGCGCUGCUGCGGGAUGGCUGGACCGAGCGGGACAGGUUAGCACCAAGAGAUGUCAACUCCCCCUCUCUCAGGGGCAGGCAUGCCGCCUGGUGCUUUCUCAGGGACACAGGCUCAAGCAGCUCGGGAGGUAAACACAGCUUCUCUCUGCCGAAUUGGCCAAGAAACUGUGCAGGACAUUGUAUUUCGAACCAUGGAAAUCUUCCAGUUACUGAGGAACAUGCAGUUACCAAAUGGUGUUACUUACCAUACUGGAACGUACCAAGACAGACUGGGAAAGCUACAAGAACAUCUCCGUCAGCUAUCAAUACUCUUCAGAAAACUGAGAUUAGUCUAUGACAAAUGCAAUGAAAACUGUGCUGGCCUCGAUCCUGUUCCCAUAGAACAACUUAUUCCAUACGUUGAAGAGGAUGGCUCCAAGCACGACGAUCGUAGCGCUGCAAGUCAGCUUCGUUUUGCUAGUGAAGAGAGAAGGGAAAUUAUGGAAGUAAACAAGCUAUACAAGUACCACCACUUUGAAGUUCAAAUCCUAAUACAUUAUAGAAAGGAAAUACUUUGGGUUUUAUUACUAGAAAUAAAGAAAAUGUUACUUUUUGCCAAGAAAAAUAACUAGGAUCUGGUUAAUUGG